AUGCCAAUGUUUCGAUUUGACUUAGAUACAGUCUCAUCGACAUUUGUUAAAAUACCUGGUCUUCUAAUUUCUGUUAAUCAUGAAACGCCAAUGUUAUAUAAAAUUCACUUUUCAGCUGGCUGCUACAUGCCUCAAUUUGUUCACAGUUAUAUACACUUUAUGAUUAAUGAUAUGAUUCUCAUUGACAAUAAAUUAUUACCGAACACAAAUAAUCGACAUACUUAUGUUCCAAAACUUGGCAACGAUUUGUUUCAAGUAGAUUCGCAUGGUGCUUCAUUUAUGCGCAGUUCAGACACUGCUGGUACCUAUUAUACAUGUACUAAAUAUGAAUUAGUCUAUUUACCACCGAAUCUACAUGUAAUUGAAGCAGUUGUACGAACUGAUCAUCCAUCCUUAUACAUACAUACGGGAACAUUAACUGUUGAACUAACACAAUAUACACAAGAUGCACGUAU